CCUUUUGCUCAGCCCUGGUCUUAGAGGGAAAAUGUGUCGUUUUUGUUUGCCGACUUUUACCAGGAUUGCUUUUUAUUCUUCUCUUUUAGCGGUGCAAUUUGAAGAUUUUCAUUUGAAGAGACAUUAUAAUAAAAACUGUUUGUCAGUUGGCUGAUUUUUGUUUUAGUUUUUAAUCAUUUGAUUUUCUUACAAAAAAUGCCACGGUCCAAAAAGCGGAGUAAUAAAGGAGGAGGACAGCCGAGACGGAUGCAGCCUUUCAGUGACGAAGAUGCAUCCAUUGAAACCUUGAGCCACUGCAGCAGUUUCAGUGAUUCAGCCAGUGUAGCUGAGGAAGGAGGUGAUGUUUGUGAAGAAGCAACUCAAGAAGAUUUCGAGUACAAGUUAAAGGGAUUUAUUGACAGUACAAUGGAUAAAAGCACCAAGGCAAGACAGAGUGCUCUCGGAGGACUGAAAACUGCCAUGGCAUCCAAAAUACUGUAUGAAUUUAUCCUGGAAAGGAGGAUGACAAUAACAGACAGCAUUGAGCGCUGCUUGAAGAAAGGCAAAGGUGACGAGCAGUGUGCUGCCGCAUCAUUGGCCUGUCUCCUCUGCAUUCAGCUGGGAGCUGGGAUAGAAAGUGAAGACGUUUUCAAGACCCUGAAGCCCAUUUUUAAGAACAUUCUUGCUGAUGGAACUGCCAACAUACAAACCAGACAGGCUUGUGCAACCAGUUUGGGAGUUUGCAGUUUGGUUGCUGCAGAUGAUAUUUUGGAUGUGUAUGCAACUAUGGAAUGCUUUGAAAGCCUCUUCGCUAAAUCCUAUGUAAAGGAAGAUGGGACUCGUAGCGUCUACAAUGCCCAAACUACAGUGCUUCACAUCAAUGCUCUUUUGUCAUGGACUCUACUGCUGACCAUUUGUUCCAACACUGAAGUGAAAAGAAUUCUAAAAAAACACUUGCCUAAACUCCCCAGUCUGUUGGAUUGCGAUGAUGUAAACAUGAGGAUUGCUGCUGGAGAGACCCUUGCUCUUCUGUUUGAAUUGGCCAGAGAUGUAGAUGCUGAGUUUGAAUAUGAAGACUUGGAAUCUUUAUGUGCAAAACUGAGAGCCCUUGCCACAGAUGGGAACAAACACAGAGCCAAAAAUGAUAAAAGGAAGCAGAGGCCUGUCUUCAGAGAUGUUCUAAGGGCUGUAGAGGAGGGAGAAUUCCAGACGGAGAUGAUCAAGUUUGGAACAGAGCGCAUGUACAUUGACAGCUGGGUGAUUAAGAGGACCUACGAUGCCUUCACAGAGUUUGUAGGAUCGGGAAUGAAUUAUCAUCUACAGGCUAAUGAGUUUAUACGAAAUGUUUUUGAGCUUGGACCCCCAAUGAUGGUUGAUGCUGCAACCCUAAAGGCAAUGAAAGUCUCCCGUUUUGAGAGGCACUUGUAUAAUGCUGCAGCCUUUAAAGCUCGGACUAAGGCCAGGAAUAAGUUUCGGGACAAAAGGGUGGACAUUGGAGAAUUCAUUUAAACAACUAUCAUUUUAACUCUCCUUAUUUUCACAAAAUUCCCUCUCGCAUUAAAUGCAUUUUUCUACAUAUUUAUUUUGAGAUGUACCUCCAUAUAUAUUUUUUCUUUUGUAAAUAGGAAAGAUUAUGAAUGAUUAAAUGGAUUUUUAAUUUGGGCUAAUGCUCAUAUUGUCCUAGGUAUUGUGAGUGUAUUUAAACAAAAUAGUAAUAUCCUUUAGUUAGUUAUUUUAGUGAACAAAUAAGUCUUGCAUGUUGUUCCUUAAUAAUACCUUGUGUCUGUGUUUUGUUUAUAUAAUGGGGGUAGGCAAUAAUGUGACAAUAAACUUUAGAAGCAUCAUUA